CCUUUACAUUGUUACAACAUUUAGGAGGCGCACAGAGAUGUGGUGUGGAGCUUGAUUUUGAAGCCUCCUGAGGCUUCGCAAUUAUGCCACACCCUCCGGAAUCGCAUUGCCAGAUCAAGCAUAAYUUUGCUUUCAUUAUUCUUGUUGGCGGAACUGAGGUGUAGCAAUGUGGAUGUGAAUCAGGAAAUGACAUAGCCAGGUCUUCCAUGUUUACGCAGAUGUAUGUUUCGCUAGUCACUUCGAGGAGCUGUGCAGAGUGAAAAUGCAAAGGACUUGACUUCUGUAAAGUUAUAAUUCACCGGCAUUGAUAUAUCCGAAGUUAACGUCAUAUGCACGGAAAAGCUUAAGAACCUUAUUCGGUAAUUCAAAUUAAGACUCGUUUUAGCUGGCUACAUAUCGUUGCUACUAGCUGGCUAACGUUACCUAGCUAGCUUCCCCCACAACAAGGAGGCGGCAGAAGUAGUUUUAAUGCAUGUUGGCUAGCAAGCCUCUGUUCCGUUUUUAGUAUAUUUUGUUGGACUUAUAUUGUGAGUGAGUGACAAUAAGAYCUAGUCGUCUUUUGCCGUUGGAAGCAAGUCAUGGCUGCAUCCCAGAAAGCGGACCAGUCAGAGCAUACAGGUGAGCCAAACAAGGAGAUGGAGCAGCCAUCUCUGGCUGGAGCAUCAGUGGAUUCUGUGGACCCAGGAGCAUCACGCAGCAAUGCACCAACAGCCUCGGCAGAUGGAAACAGUGGGGAUGAUGCUACCAAUGCAGUCAGUGCAAGUACCUCAACUAUAGACGGGGCAGGGGAUGCUGGUAAUUCAGAAACUGUGAAGGAAUCCUAUGCAGAGAAUUCAAAGACAGUGGAAGAAAUGAUAACAGAUGCCUUGCUGACUGUGGGAGAAAUGUCCAGUGAAGAGGAUUCACAGAGAGAAAGAGAAACAGCCAGUGUAGAUGGUUCACAGAUGGAAAGAGAAACAGCCAGUGUCGAUGGUUCACAGAGAGAAAGAGAAACAGCCAGUGUAGAUGGUUCACAGAGAGAAAGAGAAACAGCCAGUGUGGAUGCUUCACAGACGGAAAGAGAAGCGGCCAGUGUGGAUGCUUCACAGACGGAAGGAGAAAGCGGCCAGCGUGGAUGCUUCACAGACGGAAGGAGAAACAGCCAGUGUAGAUGCUUCAGACGGAAGGAGAAACAGACAGUGUGGAUGCUUCACAGACGGAAGGAGAAACGCCAGUGUGGAUGCUUCACAGACGGAAAGAGAAGCGGCCAGCGUGGAUGCUUCACAGACGGAAGGAGAAGCGGCCAGCGUGGAUGCUUCACCGACGGAAAGAGAAGCGGCCAGCGUGGAUGCUUCACCAACGGAAAGAGAAGCGGCCAGCGUGGAUGCUUCACAGACGGAAAGAGAAGCAGCCAGCGUGGAUGCUUCACCGACGGAAAGAGAAGCGCCAGCGUGGAUGCUUCACCGGCGGAAAGAGACGCGCCAGCGUGGAUACUUCACCGACGGAAAGAGAAGCGGCCAGCUUGGAUGCUUCCCGACGGAAGAGAAAGCGGCAGCGUGGAUGCUUCACCGACGGAAAGAGAAGCGGCCAGCACGGAAAAGAGAGCGGCCAGCGUGGAUGCUUCACAGACGGAAGAGAAGCGGCCAGCGUGGAUGCUUCACAGACGGAAAGAGAAGCGGCCAGCGUGGAUGCUUCACAGACGGAAAGAGAAGCGGCCAGCGUGGAUGCUUCACAGACGGAAAGAGAAGCGGCCAGCGUGGAUGCUUCACAGACGGAAAGAGAAGCGGCCAGCGUGGAUGCUUCACAGACGGAAAGAGAAAGCGGCCAGCGUGGAUGAUCACAGACGGAAAGAGAAGCGGCCAGGCUGGAUCGCUUUCACAGACGGAAAGAGAAGCGGCCAGCGUGGAUGCUUCAGAAACAGCCAGUGCAGACGCUUCACAGACGGAAAGAGAAACGGCCAGUGCAGACGCUUCACAGACGGACAGAGAAACGGCCAGUGCUGA